CACUCAGCAGCAUCCACACCAAGACUUCUUCAGCCCUCCUCUCUCCAGCCUUGCUGAGCUCUUCACUGAGCCCCAGCCAUGAGGUUCCUCUGCCUUGUCCUCACUAUCUUCCUACUGGUCUCCUUCACUGUCCCAGGCUAUGGGCAGAUGGUGAAGUACUGCCACAAGUCUGGGUACUGCUCCAGCAAGUGUGGCAAGGCAGAGGUGUGGUCCUUGUCCUCUGACUGCAAGCAGUACUGCUGCAUCCCAUACACCUGGAAAGGGAAAUAAGAGCUGGAAACCAACGUUCUGGGGAAGAAGAGGCACCAGGAUGGCUUCAGGAGCAGCUUCUCAACUGUCUAACCCUUUCCUUGUUCUCUCUUCUCAAUAAUUAAAA